UCCUACGGGUCAACUGCUGUUUUCAAAGGAGAAAUACGUCACUGCUAAUCAGGAAGAAGUAACACGGAUUGGAUCUUGUGAUGAAUAGUUUUGUCUGACGCAGUAAACCUCAAAAAAUGUUGCACAAUCAAAAUGGUCAAAGUGCGUAUGAUCGUCAACCUUUUCAACCGGACAAACAAUUUGGAUAUCCUGGAGUUAAUGCUCCAGCUGGGCAGUACGCUCACGAUAGUACUAACUCGAAUAUGAACGAUGCUCACGCACAGGGGCAUCCGAAUAAUAAUAAUUUUCAAUCACCACCGAACCAUUAUCCAGGAUCUCAAAACCCCCCACAACCACAGCAUACAAACUAUCCUGGUCCACCUAUGCACAAUGCGAAUCAGGCUCCGCUUCCACCGAUGCAACACUCGAGUCAGCCUCCGCUUCCACCAAUGCAACACGCAGGCCAACCUACAUUUCCACCAAUGCAAAACACCAGUCAACCUCCAUUUCCACCAAUGCAAAAUACCAGUCAACCUUCAUUUCCACCAAUGCAAAAUACCAGUCAACCUCCAUUUCCACCAAUGCAAAAUACCAGUCAACCUCCAUUUCCACCAAUGCAAAACACCAGUCAACCUCCAUUUCCACCAAUGCAAAACACCAGUCAACCUCUUUUUCCACCAAUGCCUCCUGGACCUGGUGGAGUAGGACCACCUAGCUACCCACAAGCUCAACCUGGAGGGCGUUUUUCAACGCCAAACAAUGCAAGUGGACAACCACAUCCUAUGCAGCCUCAACAACCUUAUCAAAAUGGUCCAAUUUCUAGACAGCCACAAUUUUCUCAAAAUGUUAAUGCGGAUGGUCUCCCUAGUGCUGUUGAGGUUAUGGAAAGCAAUCGUACUCAGUGUACUGGACCAUUUUAUACCGGACAAAGAGGUGUUUUACCACCCCUAGUUACAACUGAUUUUAUUUCACGUGAUCAAGGCACAUGCGCUCCUUGUUUCAUUAGAUCUUCGUUAUAUGCUGUACCGACUAGUGCUGAUCUUUUGAAGACUGUUGGUGUUCCCUUUUCACUGACAAUAUCACCAUUCGCUGGUCAGCAUAAAGAUGAUAUGCAUAUUGUGAUAAGUGAUAUGGGUCCUCAGGGUCCUGUUCGGUGUAUACGUUGUAAAGCCUAUAUGAAUCCUUUUAUGAAUUUCAUUGAUGGUGGUCGACGAUUUCAAUGUCCACUGUGUAAUGGGUUAACUGAAGUAUCAGCGGAAUAUUUUGCUCACCUGGAUCAUACUGGACGUAGAAUAGACGCUAGUCAACGACCUGAACUUUGUUUAGGUAGUUAUGAGAUAUUAGCAACUGCAGAAUAUUGUAAAAAUAGUCAACUACCUCUGCCGCCAGCGGUUAUCUUUCUCAUUGAUGUUUCUCAGUCAUCAAUACGUUCUGGUGUCGUACAACUAUUUUGUUCAAAGUUUGUCGAACGUAUUCUACCAGUUUUACCGAAAGAAACAUAUGACCCACAAGAUACUUCAAUGAGUCCUCUUAGAGUUGGUUUUGUGACCUAUGACCAUCGACUACAUUUUUACACAGUACCUCGUGAGACGAAUACCUCUGCUGCUACUAAGGACUCAUCACAACAGGAUACUACAACAAAUGAUAGCGCUAAUUACAAUUAUGGCAAGCCUCAAAUGCAUAUUGUCGCGGAUAUUGAAGAUGUAUUUGUACCAGCAGUUGAAGGAUUUCUUCUCCCACCAGAUCCUAAUAUUAUUUCAAGUGUUUUAGAAAUGAUACCUGCACAAUUUUGUACAGAAAGUGCUGUUAGUAGACAACCGACAGAUGCAGUUCUAGGACCAGCUAUUCAAGCUGGUGUGGAGGCGUUGCGUGCUGCUAAUUGUUCUGGCAAAUUGUAUGUUCUGCACGCAAAUCUACCAGUUGGUGAAGCUCCUGGAAAAUUGAAACAUCGAGAUGAUCGACGGCUUAUCGGAACUGAAAAGGAAAAAACAUUACUUAUUCCAGAUAGUGAUUUCUACACUGGUCUUGGUCAAACUUGUGUCGAAGUUGGUUGUAGUGUAGACCUAUUCCUUUUCCCUAAUUCAUAUAUCGAUAUCGCUUCAUUGGCUGAAGUGCCAAGACUGUCGUCUGGAAAUUUAUACAAGUAUAACUGUUUUCAGGCUGAUCUACAAGGUGAACAGUUCAUAGCAGAUUUACAACACACAUUGAGAAAUCUUCGUGCAUUCAAUGCUGUAAUGCGUGUACGUACUAGUACAGGUAUUCGACCUGUAGAAUUCUUCGGCAAUUGUUACCUGCCGAAUACAACUGAUGUGGAAUUGGCUAGUAUCACUUCUGAUAUGGCUAUCACUGUGGAAUUACGUCAUGAUGAUAAACUACAAGAAGGUGAACUUGUUUUCAUUCAAGUUGCCUGUCUGUACACCUCCGUGUCUGGACAACGUCGUCUACGCAUACAUAAUCUGUCUAUACCAGCGACAAAUGUCAUCACUGAACUAUUUCGUCUGGUUGAAUUAGACGCACAUAUGAAUUAUCUGAGUAAAUUUUCUAUGCGCGCCUUAUUAAGUCGUCCGCAUACCCAAGUGAUGGAUGAGUUAACCACAAAAGCGGCUAACACACUAGCCGCAUAUCGGCGUAAUUGUGCUACUGGAAGCGGUGGUGAUAUGGCCUCCAGCCCGGGUGAAUUAGUUCUACCACAGAAUAUGAAAUUAUUCCCCUUGUAUAUACAAUGUCUUAUGAAAACUGAAGCUUUCAGUCCAGCUGAUGGUAUUACAAUUGAUGAUCGUUGUUGGCAAAUGUUUUUAGUCAAUCAGAUGGAUGUGAAACAAUCAAACUGUUAUCUUUAUCCCCACUUAUAUCCUUUGCAUGAUCUUUCAAGGAAUUUUGAAGGUGAUAUACCUUUCCCCCCGUUAGCUAUACGUUGUUCCUAUGAUCGUUUGAAAAUGGAUGGUGUUUAUCUCCUGGAUAACGGCAUAUAUCUUAUCAUGUGGAUUGGUCCAAAUGUUUCAACGGAUUGGAUACAAUCCGUGUUAAAUGUACCGAAUCCAAAACAUUUUGAAAGUGAAAAGAUUUAUGAUUUGGAGGCAUAUAAUAAUGAAACAUCAAGUAAUGUAUGGUAUGUAGUAUGGACUAUUCGUAAGACUCAUCUACAUUAUUCUCGGUUAUUAGUUGUACGCCCUGGAGAUAAAAGUGAACUAUGGUUUCGUCGUUUUAUGGUCGAAGAUCGUUGCAGCAGUAAUUCCAUCUCUUAUACAGAAUAUUUAUGUCAUAUACAUAAAGAAGUUUCUGGUCUAUUACGUUGA